AUGUUUAAUAAUUCUAAUGGUAUAAAUGUUGGUCAAACUGAUAAAGCUUAUACAACAACUGGAUAUAAAAAUUGGAAAACGGCUACCAUCAAAUUUAAAACUCACCAAAUGUCUAAAGUUCAUUUAAAUUGUGUAACAUCCCUCUCAAAUUGUCUACAUUCAAAACCAAUUGAUGUAUUAUUAGAUGAAGAAAGAGAAAAUACCCGAAGCAUUGGCGGUAAACCAUUUCGUGGACACAGUGAAAAGAAAGAUGAUGUUUAUAAAAGUCUAUUUUUGGGAAUAGUAGACCUUUUAAAAAAGUAUGACCCAAUAUUAAAAACACACUUCGAAACAGGACCUAAAAAUUCUUUAUAUUGUAGUAAUUACAUACAAAAUGAUCUCAUUGCGUCCAUCAGUAUUGUGAUUAAAAGACAGUUAAAAGUUGCUUUAAUAAAUGAAAAAGUGUCAAUAAUGGCUGAUGAGACUAGUGACGUCGGUCACCAUGAACAAUUAUCUGUUGUAAUUAGAUAUUUUGAUAAAUUUAAAAACAUGCCAAUAGAACAGUUUGUAUGCAUGAAGCGAAUGAUGACAGUUGAUGCCACAAGUAUAUUUAAUGCUUUAAAUGAGGUAGUUGAAGAGUAUGAAAUAAAAUGGGAAAAUGUUAUUUCUACUUGUUUUGACGGUGCUGCAACUAUGUCCGGAAAUACAACAGGAGUUCAGACAAAGUUUAAGGAGAAAAACCCAAAAUCUUUUUUUGUGCAUUGUUAUGGCCAUUGCUUGAACUUAAUAUUAGUUGAUUCUAUUGGCAAAGACAAUAAAGUGACAUUUAACUUUUUUGGUUAUCAGUUGAUAGCUGGAUUAAAUUUAAGAUUUAACCAAGAAACAUUAAAGAUGAUAGAAAGUAUGGGUCAUUUAUUGAAAUUAGAAACCAAUAAUGUUGAUAUUCUUCUUCUUUCAUCUGUAUUCAAUUUAGAUGCUGCCAACUUAGAAACUGAAAUUCGUCUACUUAAACAAUCAACAGACUUAUCAGAAUGUAACAAAACAAAUUGUGAAAAGUGGAUGGAUUGGUUAACUAUCUCUGGAACCAGCAGAGAAGUUAUAUUUUGUAAUGUAUUUGAAGCUUUAAAAUCAUUCAUGGUCAUUCCUGUGACGACUUGUUCAUGUGAAAGAUCAUUUUCGAAAUUGAGCAUAGUAAAAACCAAACUUAGAAGUGUUAUGUUACAAGAACGUUUAGAUAACCUUUUGACUAUGUUCAUAGAACAGGAACUAGCAUACAAUGUUGACCUUGAGGAAGUUAUUGAAACGUUUAAAACAUUAAGGCCAGCUGAGCGACGUAUGGAGUUAUAA